UUACACAGCGGAAUGCCUUCUGGCCCCAUUCUUCCCCACCGAUCAGCUCAAAAUGUUUCAGAAUCGUCCAUUGCCAUCAUCGGCUCUAUUAAGUACCAUGCAGCCAUGUGCGACAAGUAUCCCGUCCACGGAUCAUCGGCAUUCGCCACUUCACCCACCAGAUUCAAAUGGCUCAGGAGGAGCUCCAUCUUGUUCUGCACCAUCUCUCCUAUUACCGACGACAAUAUCAACAAGAGGCACUGCAGUGCAGGUAUUGAGGAGAAAGAAUCUAUCAAGCCAGCAAAUUCAGAUAAUAGUACUGCUAAUCUCUGCUGUUCGCCUGGUAUUAUGCCGCUGGAUUACCAAGAGGGGACUUGGUUUAACGUAGAAAACUUGGAGCUCAGUUCUAUUGCUAAUUUGAGCUUGUUUAUAAAUGACUUGCUGCAAUCCAGCGAUCCUAAUUCACUGGAAACUGGUUAUGUGAGGACCUCCUCAAUGAAUAAGCUGUUGGUGUGUAAGGUUGACAUAUUGAAAGCACUUGAAGUGACUGAAUCCGAGAUAGAUUCUCUUGAAACUGAACUCAAGACUCUGUCUGCUGGAUGCAACAGCUGCCAUCCAUGUCCAGCUGCUUGCCACUUGAAAUCUGGAGAGCCCCUUUUAGAACCUUGUGAAGAGCAUGCUGCUGCUUCUGGUAGUACUGCUGUUCCUCCUCUAAGGAAACUUCAGAGGAAGUCUCACAAGAUGUUUGAUCUAAGUCAAACUGGGUAUAGAAGGAAUUGAUCCUCCGUUCAGUCUCGUAUUUCUUAUUUUGUUAAGUAUUUAUCUUGCUAUGAUUCUUGCCUUGAUGUGUU